AUGCCCACUGAAGCCAAAUUCAAGAAGGCCGUCGAAAUCAUAGGUGGGCUCCCUCAGGAUGGGCCGCUCAAGCCUUCCCAGGACGACCAACUCUUCUUCUACAAGUACUACAAACAGGCCACGGUCGGCGAUGUCAACACGGCCCGACCUGGUAUGCUCGACUUUACGGGCAAGGCCAAAUGGGACGCGUGGAAGAGUGUAGAGGGUGCUUCCAAGGAGGAAUCUUACAAGCAAUACGUCGAGCGCCUUGUCGAGUUCCUCAAGAAGGCUGGCGAUGAUGCGCAUAUCGCCGAAAUCGAGGCUGCAUAA